UCCAAUACUCAUCCAACUCAAGCCUUGAGAGGCUUUUUAGAGAAGCUUACAAUGAGGAUUCAAUCCCUUUGUCGAGGGACACUUGUCGGUUUCUGGCUGGUGGUUUUGUUUGCCACCAGCUUCUGCUAUGGCGGCGAUAAAACAGUGCUUGAGGUUGUUGGGAUUGGAGAGUGUGCAGAUUGUGCAGAGAGUAAUAUAGAGACUAGUCAAGCUUUUUCAGGGCUUCGCGUAACCAUCGACUGCAAGCCUACAAAUGGAGAGUUCAAAACAAGAGCUGCUGGAGAGCUCAACGAACAAGGAAAAUUCAAAGUCUCUCUUCCUAAGGAAAUCUUUGAAGACGGAAAAUUGAAAGAAGAGUGCUAUGCACAGCUUCACAGUGCAUCAUCUGCACCAUGCCCUACCCACAGUGGCCUUGAGUCCUCAAAGAUAGUCUUCAAGUCCAAAACCAAUGAUGGCAAACACACCUUCACCACCACUGGAAAACUCAAGUUCUCUCCGGUGACUUGCACUUCGGCUUUCCUUUGGCCUCACUUUCAGUACCCUCCUUUACCCAAAAAACCACCUUGUCCUGAAAAGCCCUUCCCCAAGUUCUUCCUUCCACCUUUCCCUCCUAAGGUCUUCCCCCCAAUAUAUAAGAAGCCACUUCCUCCAAUUCCCAUCUAUAAGAAGCCUCUUCCACCGCCUGUACCGAUAUAUCAGAAGCCACUUCCACCGCCUACACCAAUAUAUCAGAAGCCUCUUCCACCGCCUGUACCGAUAUAUCAGAAGCCUCUUCCACCGCCUGUACCAGUAUAUCAAAAGCCACUUCCACCGCCUACACCAAUAUAUCAGAAGCCUCUUCCACCGCCUGUACCAAUAUAUCAGAAGCCUCUUCCACCGCCUACACCAAUAUAUAAGAAGCCUCAUCUUCCACCGCCUAUACCAAUAUAUCAAAAGCCACUUCCACCGCCUACACCAAUAUAUAAGAAGCCUCUUCCACCGCCUGUACCGAUAUAUCAGAAGCCACUUCCACCGCCUACACCAAUAUAUAAGAAGCCUCAUCUUCCACCGCCUAUACCAAUAUAUCAAAAGCCACUUCCACCGCCUACACCAAUAUAUAAGAAGCCUCUUCCACCGCCUGUACCGAUAUAUCAGAAGCCACUUCCACCGCCAACACCAAUAUAUAAGAAGCCUCUUCCACCACCUGUACCGAUAUAUCAGAAGCCCCUUCCACCGCCUGUACCGAUAUAUAAGAAGCCACUUCCGCCGCCAGUGCCAAUUUACAAGAAACCACUGCCUCCACCUGUGCCCAUAUACAAAAAGUCACUUCCCCCUCCAACAUACGAAAAUCCACUCCCGCCACCAGUUCCAAUCUACAAACCUCCAAUAUACAAAAAACCACUCCCACCACCAACUCCAAUCUACAAACCAAAGCCACCAGUUUUCAAGCCUCAUCCGAUAUACAAAAAGCCACUUCCGCCAAUUCCGAUAUACAAAAAACCGCUUCCACCGCACGUCCCAUAUUAUCCAUUUAAACCAUUGCCACCAAUUUCUAAACCUCUUCCUCCAUUCCCAAUGAUCCCUAAGAAACCUUGUCCUCCUUUCCCCAAGAUUCCACCAAUGUCCUUGCAUCCCUUACCUCCUUACUCUCCUCAUCCUUAAUUAGGCUACAAUCCUAUUCUUCUAGGGUUUUAUUUAUUGGAUAAAUGGUGUUCUUUGUUUGCUUUAGAGCUUAAUUUGCUUCAAAUUUCAGUACUAUAAUAAAGCCUACAUGAGAGAGAGAGAGAGGGGGGACUUGAAGAGAAAAAAAUGAAAGAUUGAUGGUGAGAAAGAAAGAGUGAGUAGAUCAGUGUUGAUGAUCAAAUGAGGGUGAAUGAGUGUGAAUGUAGUAUGCUGGUUUGGUUUGGAACCUUGUAUAUGUUCAAAUGGAUAAGUUAUCCAGAAUAUGUAAUAGUUCAGUUGCUUUUAUUCUAUAUAAAUUAUGAAUUCUUGUUGUUA